ACCGUCUCUCAAAAGAGGUAACGCCCAUUAACGUAACCGAGGAUUUGACAAGACUAACUAGGUAUAUAUAUGCUAGGUUAAUUCAAUUAUUAUUAUUAAAUCAACGUAAGUUACCUGUACAUGUUACAUUUCAAGUCCAUCAACCUCUUGACUAAUUCGCACAACCCGUUUGAACAGAAAGCAGUGCGAUCCUGAACGUUACACCCUGAUUGUACUGCAGGAAACAUGUUAUGACAUGUCGUUAUAACUAAUAUGUGACAAAUACAAAAUGGGCUGACGGUACGAGUGAACCGUGUGGGAACACCGUAUGAAUCCUCCUGACCCUUCUUCUGUCCUCAGGCUGCUGCUCCCGCUGAUUGAGGAUAAAGGACGCGUUAACGUUAUUGACUUCCUCAUUGUGGUUUCGCUAUGAGCUGGCGUUACGUCAUAAGUGAACAGUGUCGGAUGUUCCUUCCUCUCCGGAACAUGGCUGAUGGAGACCGGCGGAGGAGUGACGGGGACACUGUGGACGCCUUGUCAUUUUUGUCAAAGAGGUCAAAUGCAGAGCCCGAAGGCAGCAGUAAGACAGCAGGCUCUGACCCCUACCUCUACAAGAUGGACUAUCCCUGCAUCGGAACCUGUCUGAUCAUCAACAAUAAGAACUUCCACAGUAGCACAAACAUGAACGCUCGGAACGGGACGGAUGUGGAUGCCGCCGACGCCAUGAAGACCUUCAGCAAGCUGGGUUAUAAGGUCACGGUGGCCAACGAUCAGACCGGGGGUCAGAUGAAACAACUGUUGCGCGAUGUAUCCAAGGAGGACCACAGUGGCAGCGCGUCGUUUGUAUGUGUGCUGCUGAGUCACGGAGACGAGGGCGUGAUAUACGGCACCGACGGCGUUGAAAAGUUGGACGACCUGACAAAGUGGUUCAAAGGGGAUCGCUGUCGGAGUCUGGUGGGGAAACCCAAGCUCUUCUUCAUCCAGGCGUGCCGCGGCUCCGACCUGGAUGACGGAUCCUCCAUCGAAGCCGACAGUGUCGACGCGCAGACGUCGGAGAGGAUUCCCGUGGAGGCCGACUUCCUGUACGCCUAUUCCACCGCUCCAGGCUACUACUCGUGGAGGAACACCCAGAACGGCUCGUGGUUCAUGCAGUCGCUGUGCGAGACGCUGCAGCGCUUCGCCGGAGAGCUGGAGCUGAUGCAGAUCAUGACGCGGGUCAACUGCAAGGUGGCGCUACACUUUGAGUCCGCCUCCAACCUGCCCGGAUACAGUGGCAAGAAGCAGAUCCCCUGUAUCGUCUCCAUGCUGACCAAAGACUUCUACUUUCCGAAACAUUAAGCUCUGUACUGGUGGCGCUUAUUCCGUUUCGAUCAAUUUGCCCUUCACACGUGUCUGAUUUCUACUUCCUUCGGCCAAAAAAAACUAGCACUGCAGUGCGUUGCAUAGCUCAUGUCGAACAGGGCAGCGUGGGUUUUAUUGUGACUGCAAGGAGAACCCUCAUGCGUUGUCAACAUUUGAUUCGUUAGUAUGUUGCAUGAAAGACGCUUUUCACUAAGUGACCACACGCAUAAACACAAGCAAAGGUCAUGGACUUGGAGAGUCCUUCUCAUUUUCACUUUGCAUACAUAAUACAGUCAAUAUGUAUUUUCACAGAGGGCUUGCAGUGUGUCUUGCCUUUUCCACAGUUUUUUAAAAUUGCAAUAAAUGCACAAAGUAUGAUCAAAUAUCAGCCCAUCACAUGAAACUAUAUCACUGUCCCUUUAAAAAACGGAGCAUCGCUUAUGUAAACUGAGCCGAGACACUAACGGUCAUAAGGCUCAUGAUAAAUACUCUAAAUUGUGAGUACUGUCGUAGAAUGUCGAGAGUACUUAUUUCCUUUUUCAGGUGGUCACAAAUCCACUGUAGGUGUGCUGGUUCUCGAUUGGCGUACUACCUGAACAUAUACUACAUACUGUGCUCAACCUCUGGGGAUGUUUGUGUACCUUUCACUGGGAUUGACGUAGGGUGACUAUAAUAUGUGAAUAUAGUUGCAGGCAAAAGUAAUUGUCGAGAAUAAAAACAAUGAAGCAAAGAUUA